AUGCGCGGAUUCAAUCUCUGGGCCCUGCAAUGGGCCACUACCGCCCGCCCAUCGUCCCUGGUGCGGGAUAGAGCUGUUCUAUCGAGACUCUCUCCGGCAUUCGCGUUGCUGAAGCUAAAUCCAUCACCACGCCGCUGCUUCUCGGCGUCUAGGCUGAAUUUCUCGCUCUUCAAUGCCAAUUCAACGAUUUAUGCACUCUCUACCGCUCCCGGGCGGGCUGCUAUCGCAGUCGUGCGAGUAUCAGGGCCCGCAUGCGUGCAGAUUUACAAUGCCUUAUCCCCCACGGUGCCUCUCCCUCGUGCCCGUCUCGCUGCAGUCCGUACCCUCUACGACCCACUCUAUUCACCAUCUCCGAACAGCAUCCUCGACGCCGCGGCGUUGGUGCUGUACUUCCCUGGCCCUCGAACCGUUACGGGUGAAGAUGUGCUCGAAUUUCACCUGCACGGUGGCCCGGCAGUUGUCAAGUCCGUAUUGAGCGCUAUAGCCAAUGUUGACCCAUCCCGAGCUUCAACAACAAGACCGGACAUAGUCCCAAGAAGCACGUCGAAACGAGCAGCAGCAGCAGCAGAAAGAGAGGAGGGAGGAGGCAGAACAGGCACGGGUUGUCUUAUUCGCUAUGCAGAACCCGGUGAAUUCACUCGGCGGGCCUUUCUCAACAACCGCCUCGACCUGCCGCAGAUCGAAGCGCUGGGGGAGAUCUUGCAUGCGGAGACGGAACAACAGCGACGAGUCGCCGUGCGCGCAGCGAGUGCCCGUCACGACGGCGACGGGGGCCACACACUAUCAAAUCGCUACGAGCAAUGGCGGCAGCAAUUGCUCUACGCGCGCGGCGAGCUGGAGGCGUUGAUCGAUUUCGCCGAGGAUCAACAUUUCGAUGAAUCACCCCGGGAGCUGGUGGAUUCAGUGGGCCGGCAGGUGCGCGCUCUUCAGGAGCAGAUCCAAUUGCAUAUCGGAAAUGCGGCUAAGGGGGAGCUGCUACGUAGUGGCAUCCGCGUGGCGUUGCUGGGGGCGCCGAAUGCAGGCAAGAGCUCGUUGUUGAACCGGAUUGUCGGGCGAGAGGCGGCUAUCGUGAGUACGGAGGAAGGGACCACGAGGGACAUCGUGGAUGUCGGAGUGGAUGUCGGAGGGUGGUUUGUGCGGCUGGGCGAUAUGGCGGGCAUUCGGUCGGAUAAGGGACAGGACGAAAGCACGGCUCAGGCCGUGGUGAUUGGUGCAGUUGAGAAGGAGGGGAUCCGGAGGGCGAAGGCCAGGGCAUUGGAGUCGGAUGUGGUUGUCGUGGUGGUCUCGCUGGAGAAGGGGAAAAAGGAGGAAAAUGGGGCUGGAGAGGCUGGAUCUCCGCAUCUGGCGGUGGAAAAGGAAGUCGUUGAUGCCGCCAAUGAUUGUGCGCGCGCCGGCCGCUGCGUCGUGGUUGCUAUCAACAAAUGCGAUCGCCUGCCUGCUCUGGACUGCCUCCCGAGACAGCUGCUUGCCACCGUCCAGAAUUUGUUUCCUGAGGUACCGGACCGGCGCAUUUUUGGUAUCUCUUGUCUUGAUGCCUAUCCGGAGAUGACUUCGAUGACCAGCCAGCAAGAUCCGGGCCACAUCCAACACUUUCUACAAGGUUUGAUCGCUACGUUCGAGGAACUUGCCUCCCCAGCGGGCAUCGAUGAGGACGCUAACGGCCAGUACGACCGGUCUUACUGGGAGGAUUCGCUGGGAGUUACCCACCGACAGAGCUCAAAUCUACAACGUUGCUCUCAAGAUUUAGACGAGUUCAUGAUUCAGACUCAGCCAUCAAGUCCGACUCACGACGAUUCUGAGGAGGAAAUUGAUAUCGUUACCUCGGCCGAGCACCUCCGUUCUGCUGCCGAUGCGCUGGCCAAUAUCACAGGUAGAGGCGAGAGUGGAGAUGUGGAGGAUGUUUUAGGGGUGGUAUUUGAGAAGUUCUGCGUUGGGAAAUGA